CGAUAAACAUACUCAACAUUGUUUACCAUUUAAUUUUACAGGAUGUGGUGGAAAUCCUAAUAAUUUUGUAACAGAAACUGAUUGUGAAGGAAUGACAAUGAAAGGAGCCUGUUGUUUCAGAACAUAUUCAACAAUAGUCAGUGAUAUAGCACAAGGCUCACAUCGUCUUCAAGUUGAAUGCCAGUCCUUGCAUUUCUCUGAAUGUCAAGCUCUACACAGGCAGCCACAUGGUGAUAGUGAAUCUGAAGUUAUAAGUUUUACACCUGGUAUGACAUGUGAAGAAGCUGGUUGUUUAACAGAUACUGGUUGUACUAAAGAUUAUAAAGUAGGAGAUGCAUUAAGAUUAGGCUGUCAGUCUUGUACGUGUCUUAAUGGUGGUGGAUUACAAUGCAGUUGUGAACAGAUGACAGUAAGAAAGGAAAUAAGAGAUAUGACUAGAGAAGAACUGGUCAGAUUUCAAAAUGCUGUCAUACAGUUAAGAGGUUUUGGUGAUGUGAGUAUCUGGGAAGAAUACAGAGAUUUAUAUAUGAAACAUGGCAUGCAUUCUAACGGCGGGCAAUUCUAUUUACCAUGGCAUCGACUCUUCUUACGCCGUUUGGAGCAGAAGUUACGGGAAAUAGACUGUAAUGUUGUUUUACCUUAUGUAGAUUUCUCGACUGAUGUUGGUGAUUUUAGCAAUGCUGUAAUCUGGCAGACAGAUUAUUUUGGUGGAGAUGGUAAUAGUCAAAGUGGAUGUGUUACAGAUCACCCAUUCGGUGGUUCAAAACCAUGGAGGCCAUGUAUUAUGAGAAAUUUCAAUGUAAGUGUUAAGCUACCAACUGCUGUUGAAAUUGCAUUGGCCAUUGCAUCUGAAGACUACACAGAAAUGAGCUUAUGCCUUGAAACCUAUGCUGCUUAUGUUCAUAAUUAUAUUGGUGGAGACAUGGCUACAUCAUCAAGUCCGUAUGAUCCAGUUUUCUAUGCCAUCCAUGCUUAUAUUGAUAUGUUAUAUUGGUCAUGGCAGAAACGACAUGAUAACAAAUUUAAAUAUCCAGUUGUUUUUGGUAAUAUUCCAAUGAUUCCAUUUAAUAUUCCACCAUCAGACGCAUUGGAUUCUGAGGCAUUAUGUGUAACUUAUGCAUUACCAUCAAAGGGUGGUAUGUGUAAUGUUACGGUGCCAACACUUCCAGGAAGCCCAGGAGUACAGAGAGGAGAUCAGAGUCCAGAAGUAGUUGAUACUAUCAAUAGAUAUAAUCAAUUUGGUUAUAAUAUAGAAGAUAAUGAUCUACUUAGAUUCAAUAGAUAUGGAUUCAGACCAGAUGGUUUUAAUAGAGAUGGUUAUGAUCGUGAAGGUUAUGAUAGUUAUGGUUACAAUAGAUAUGGUAAAGAUAGAGAAGGUUAUGAUCAAUAUGGCUAUAAUAUAGAUGGUGUUGAUAGAAAUGGUAACCAAGAUACAUCAGAUAGAUAUAGUGAUGAUGGUUAUGAUAUGAAUUGUUUAGAUAGACAAGGUUUAUCUCGAUUAGGAAGAGACAAGUUUGGUUUUGAUAUAAAUGGCUAUGAUUUGAACAGUUGUAAUGCUAUGUUUAAUGGUCCUUUUAGUCUUAUACAUUCUUUUGUAAUAAUGGAGGCAUUAGGAAAUCAAGCCAAAGGAUUUUUAAUGACGUUACAUAGAACUUGUGAGCCUCUAGAUCCUGUACCUAACUUGUGGUAUGAUCAGUUCUGGGUGACACAGAUUAAAGAUGUUACAACUAUGGUACCAGCCAAAUUUUCACCAACUCAGUCCCUGCCAUCUAGUAGGUUUUGUAUAGAAGCAGAGCCGUUAUUAUCACCAUGUGCUUGUGAAAGUACGAGUACAACAUGCACAGAAAACCCUUGUUUAACGGGACUGUGUCCUGCAUAUCCUGAAGCUGUCUGCCACUUUGGUUACUGUGGUGAUUGUAAGGCCACCUGGUAUUUCAAUAAUAUGGAAGUUGAUUGUCACUCAGAAAGAGGUAAGUUUCAAAAGAUUUAAAGAAACUUGAGGAAACAAGAGAGAGAGAGAGAAAUGGGGUUUAACGUCCACUCGACACAAACUAGGUCAUUUUGGGACUAACAUGGUUUAAUUUUAUUUCAAUAAUUCGCUUGCGUGUAGGGGUCUUUAGCAGUGGGAAGAAACCGGAGGACCCAAAGAAAACCCACGAGGUUGGACAGGCAACCCUACUCCUUGUCACGUACAACCGGGGAUUCGAAACCACGUCAGUUGACUCAAUGACAGGUCUUAUGAUACAGCGCGCACAUGC